AUGGUGACAAAGAAGAGCGUAAGCAGUUUGAAGGAAGGAGAUAUGAAGGGGAAGAAGGUGUUUGUUAGGGCUGAUCUUAAUGUGCCCUUGGAUGACAGUUUUAAGAUCACCGAUGACACACGUAUCCGCGCCGCCGUCCCUACUAUCAAAUAUUUGAUGUCUAAUGGCGCCAGAAUCAUCCUCUCUUCUCACCUGGUACGUCCUAAGGGUGUUACACCAAAAUACAGCCUGAAGCCACUUGUGCCUAGACUCUCUGAGCUCCUUGAAGUCGAGGUCAAGAUGGCAAGUGAUUGCAUAGGUCCAAAAGUUGAGAAACUGGUGGCUGAGCUCCCAGAGAGGGGUGUUUUGCUUCUUGAAAAUGUCAGAUUCUAUAAAGAGGAAGAAAAGAACGAUCCUGAAUUCGCAAAGAAGCUUGCAUCACUAGCAGACUUGUAUGUUAAUGAUGCAUUUCGCACUGCACAUAGAGCACAUGCAUCUACCGAAGGUGUUACAAAGUACUUGAAGCCUUCUGUUGCUGGAUUCCUCAUGCAAAAGGAGCUUGACUACCUAGUUGGAGCUGUAUCCAAUCCCAAGAAGCCAUUUGCUGCCAUUGUUGGAGGAUCGAAGGUAUCAAGUAAAAUCGGUGUGAUCGAGUCAUUGUUAAAGAAGGUUAAUGUUCUUAUUCUUGGUGGAGGUAUGAUCUUCACUUUCUAUAAAGCUCAAGGCCUCAAAGUUGGAUCUUCACUUGUGGAAGAAGAUAAACUCGACCUUGCAAAAUCACUUCUUGAAAAUGCCAAGGCUAAAGGGGUGUCUCUGUUACUCCCUACUGAUGUUGUAAUUGCUGACAAGUUUGCUGAAGAUGCCAACAACAAGAUUGUUCCAGCCAAUAGUAUUCCUGAUGGCUGGAUGGGAUUAGACAUUGGUCCAGAUUCCAUUAAGUCAUUCAGUGAAACUUUGGAUACUACUCAAACUGUUAUCUGGAAUGGACCUAUGGGUGUGUUUGAGUUUGAGAAGUUUGCUGGAGGAAUAGAGGCUAUUGCAAAGAAAACAAUCAACAAAUACAAACGUUUGAAGAUGAUAUGGUUAACACUUUAA